AUGAACAUCGCUGAUGAGCUUUUCAUCACACUUAACCAAGAACUGUUCAGAAAUGCUACAAGCAACAACCCUUGGACAGCAUAUAUGAACUACAUCUACAUUUCUGUUUAUGGAAUCAAUUUUGUUGUUGGCUUACCGAUCAAUACCUAUGUCUUGUGGCUGAUUUUCACAGGAAAAGGAAGAGGAGUCGUGUCAGAGUUUUUCAGCCUCAAUCUAACGAUCUAUUUCAUUCUUUUACCUGGAGAAGUGGUGUACAGUCUGAAGAUGAAUGUCUCGGAUGAACUUUCAGACACACUCAUCUUAUACAUCGCGGUUGUGUCUGAGUUUUUCAGCCUCAAUCUGACUGUUAACGAGAUGCUCAUCUGCUUACGCUGUUUGUUCUACGUUCUUAGUUUUGUCUGUUCAGCACUUACACCAUUAGUAGUUUUCAUGGGGGGAGGAUAUAUCUUUGGCCGUCCUCUGUUGAUCUGUGUGGAGCGUUACAUGGCGGUGGUCCAUCCUGUCACUUUCCUGAAGUACAAGCCCCUGAGAUACAGGCUGGCAUGUUCUGCUGCUGCAUGGAUGGGAGUUCUUGGCUUUUGCGUGCUCUGUAUGUUCAUUUCCUUAAAUGUCUCUGACAUGUUUCUUUCUGUUAUCCUGCCAGUUUUGUCAGUUUUCCUCAUUAUUAAACUCUUCUGCUGUUCAGCUGUAGUCAGGGCACUGAAGCAUCCAGGACCAGGACAGAAAGGGAAGGAGAGAGAUGAGGCUAAUCAGGCAAAGAGAAAAGCAGUUAGCAUAAUUCUGAUAAUCACAGUGACCACUGUUAUUCAGUAUUGCCCUGUAAUUUUAACAGCACCUUUUCGCAAUUUUAUGCCAAGGAACCACUUUAAUAUACUCUGGGCCAUUAGUUGUGCAAUCUCAUUGUUUUUUGGAUAUGUUCAUGCUUUCCUUUACAUCUGUAGAGCUGGAUGCUUAAAAAUCUCGCAGCAAUAA